CAAAAUCAACACUACUGUACUGGCAGUAUCGAGCACACUUUCCAAAUUGAAAGCGAAGACUUUGUGCUUUUUCGAUCAUAAUUUUAAAAUCAAGCUAUCUGAAAAACUACCAACACCUUAUCAUACAGGAACAAAACAAGGAAGUCUCCGCAAGCAAUAAUGCCACCAUUUGCUUUGCCACUAAGCGUUGCUAGUAAUCGCUCUACCUCCAGCAACAACAACAGCUGCCACAGCUGUACGCCGAGACCUUCGUCUCUGAUGAAGAGAAAGCUCUUCGAAGCAUCCGAGUUGUCGCGAAAGAAUGAUAAUCGAGCCACACUGAGCCCUCAAAAUUCGCAUCGCCACGACAAGCAGUGGAUUAUGGUUGUGAAGUCGAACGGAGAUCGAGGCAAUGACCCGUCUGGAUUGCUGCAUUCGACUCUCUCAUCGAAAAUCCCAGUCACAGGGUCCACCAAACGACCAAUGCCAUCCAUGUUGGAGGAUACCAAAUCCAAACACAAAGUUGUCACAAUGGACUCUCCUGCGUCUACUUCCGCGCCAACAACUGCUGGUACCAAGCUUCAUCAAACCCCUACUUCGAAAGCAGGAGUUGCAGCCAUCGCGGCCUUGCAACACGAACGCCAGAGACAAGCAGCACUACUGCUUGUCCCACAGCUGCCAAUCCACGACAGCGAUGAUGCUCUUAGCAGUAGUAUCAACAGCGUCGGUACCGGUGCCAGCGACAUGUACGCGACAAGCAACAGCGCCGCCGAUAGCGAUAUCGAUAGUGCCAGUAGCUUUGGCAACGACUGGGAUUGGUCGCCGUUGCCAGAUUGGACGAAUAGCGCCCAUCCCAUCUCCUUUCCUGAUCGUACCCCCAGCUUUACUUCCACGGCUUUUUCGUUGGCGAAAAACAGCUUCGAAGACGAAGUUAAGCAUCAUUCAAAGAAAUACAAUGAUCCUAACGAAAGGAAAAGCGACCCCGAAGACCAGCAAAACACGCCGCCACCGCAAAAAAAUGACGACGCCAGAAGCGAGCCGAUGUCAAACACGCAUGCCACCGAGCGACGAACGCCCGAUGCAGUGCUGCGUUCCUCGUCGUCACCAGCGAACAAAUGCUCGAUCGCAGACGAAUUGUCGUUGCUCCUAUUGUCCCUGCGAAAUGUUUCUUCUACUACUGAUGGCAAAGGUCCGAACAACACCCAUGAUACGGAUACUAUGACAGACACUGUUCUUCCGGUACGAAAUAGCGGCAGAAGAAGAUCCACCACGAGAGCAGGACGACUACAACACCAACGACACAGAGACACCGAAAGCCACCGUCGCCGAUCAAAGGACAGCUUUUUCUCGAGCAGCAGCAGUAGUAGUAUUGGCAGGAGCAGCGGUAGCAGCAACAACAACAGCCAUUCCCGUCCGAAUCCACGUGGCAGAAGCCGCAAUCGAUCGAGAACAUCGACAAAUGCUUCAAGAUCUAGUACAAAAACACAUUCGGCGAAAAGCCGCCGAAAGUCCUCCACCGGCGACCGCGAGACGAAGGUUCGACAACUACGACGAAGGCACCCACGCCGUGAUGCUUCGGCAAAGGCACGCGAUGCUUCCCGAACCAACACGUCGCAAUGCCCACAAACUGCUGAUAACACCAAUCACUAUUUGCGUCGUUCACCGUUCAUGGUACGAGGCAGAAUAAAGUGCCCUCGGCACAACAGGGAAGCGUUUGGCAACGUCCGUAACAAGAAUCCAAAAGAGGCAGCAACCAAUCCAUCGUCGCAGGAACUCAAUCAGAGCCACAAACAUGUUUCGUCUCUCGCCUCUGCUUCCUGUCGAAGCCUGGAGCAACAACCAUGGUGCGCGAGUACCAAUCGACGGCAAAGGAAGCAACAUUGUGAUCACAAGAGCUCCAGCAAGAACAGUAGAAAACAAGAAUCGAUGCUUCCUUGUACCUAUCACGGUACAACCAAGACAGGUGCUGGAGCAAUCUGAUUAGGUUCCCGGACCGCAUGAUAUACAAUUGAUGGGGCAAAUGAGUGUUUGUGUUGUCCAUAUUUGACCGAACGUGUGGCGCAAACUAAAUACCAUUUCUAAUU